UUUGCAGGGGAUUUUCCUUGCUGGGCUUGAGCCCGAUCAGUUGGCGUGCCGUUGUCAUGGACCGGCGGGGAUUGCGCCCACUGCGGGCGUCGGUCAAGGCAGCCAAGAUAGCUGAGGCCACCAGGAACUGGCCGUGGCAAGACACGCUGUCGCAGGACGGCCCCCGCGCGCGUGGAAAAACGAUCGGGAGCCGUUGGUCGGUGCGGCCAGUUGGAUCCAAGGCCAGCAGCCAGAGGGAUGCAAAGCCGGAGGCAAAAAGCUGUCAGAAUGCGGAUCUUGGCUACAAGCAAUGGGAGGCCAAAAGCCAGAGUGCGGAUGGAAAGCAUCCAGCAAUUGAGGCAAAAAGCUGCCAGAAUGCGGAUCUUGGCUACAAGCAAUGGGAGGCCAAAAGCCAGAGUGCGGAUGGAAAGCAUCCAGCAUUUGAGGCCAAAAGCCAGAGCGAGGAUGCAAAUCAACCGCAGGAGGAUGGGAAACUGGAUUCGGAGGUGCGGCAGGAGGCUCUCGAUACUGCGGAGCCUGCCCGGAAGAUCCGAUGGGAUGAGAAGGACCGGCGCUUCAUGUUCUGCUUCAAGGUGGCGGGGAAGGCGGUGCCCUUCCAGACCACCUGCAAAGCCGCUGGCAGCAAAGAGGCGGCGGAGCGCAUUUGUCGGCAGUGCUAUGAGAGGUUCCAGUCUGGUGCCACUAAGGAGGAGGUCAUCGCGUACCGCCAGCAGCUCUAUGAGUCCAAGGAGGCGGCCCCUGAGGCGCCGCCCGACCCGGCGGGCGCAGGCGGUGCGGACGACGCAAAGGGCGAGGCCGUGAAGUCGGAGAAGGCCAAGUUCCAGACCAAGAGGAGAGUGGAGCGUGGAGCACAUGCAGAGGAAGGCAAAGAAAAGGAGAAGGGCGCGGAGGAGAAGGCAAUCAAGGACAAGGAGGCAAAGGAGAAGGAGGCGAAGGUGGCGGCGGCCAAGGAAGCUGAGGAGGGUCCUCGGGGCCUGGGCGCCCGCUCCUUCUGGAGCUUCGCCUGCGAGGCCAUGCGAGGCGCCGGGUCGCGGAACCCCUGGUGCCGCCGCUUCUGCCUGGAGCCAGCGCACAUCGGGCCCCCUGCUUCCUGCGCACGGCUUUCCAAGAAGGUUGUGCUUCAAGCCUUUGCGGGCGCCAAGAGCGUGCUGGGCGCCGGCGACGGCUGGGAGGGCGUUCAGGCCGUGGCUGCCACGCAGGCCUGGGCCAAGGCUGCCAUGCCCCAGCUGCGCGUCCUGCUGCUUCCGCGGGGCGACCGACUGCGGUUGCCGGAGAUCGCCCAGCUCUUGGCGCACUUCGAGACGAUGCUGGACCUGAAGGCGCGCUUCGGGGCAAUUGUGCCGGAGGAGUCGCUGCCUGAGGAGUGGCGCUGCCGAGGCCGAGUGGAGGCGGCCGAUCCUUCCGAGGCGCUGGGCAAAGGCUUGGCCGACAGGCCCCUGCGGGCUGUGAGUCCGGGCGCCACGGAGGCCGCCGGCGAAGGGGUGAACGGCAAAAAGCCGGGCAAUGCGGGCAAUGCGGGCAAUGCGGGCAAGCCGGGCAAGCCGGGCAAGCCGGGCAAGCCGGGCAAGCCGGGCAAGCCGGGCAAGCCGCAGCAGAUCAAGGAGGCGUCAAAUCGGAAGAGAGUGAUCAAGAAGGCAGAAUCGCAGAAGACAAAAGCAGCACCCAAGAAGGCACCAAAAACUGCAAAUACACGGAAGAAGUCAGAAGCAGACAAGAAGGCAGGACCAGCAAAGAAGGAAGAAUCAGCAAUGAAAGACAAAGGGAAGAAGGCAGGAGCAUCCAAGGAGGCAACCAAGGGGACGAGAGUCGUCGAGAAGCUGACCAGCAGAGAAAGGCGGGCGGCUGCCAAGCUGUUGCAGAAGCUCAAAAGCAAAGCCGCGGAAGCAAAGAAGGACAAGGCCGGGGAGAUCUUGAGCGGAAGGCAGCGGGAGGCUGCGGCAAAGCUCUUGCAGAAGCUGAAGAUGAAGGAAGAGGCAGCCAAGAAGGGGCCGGAGAAGCCUGGCCCGGCGCCCAAGAAGGGGACGGCUGAGAAGAGCCAGCGGGCGGCGGCCAAGAUGUCGCCCAAACCGAAGGGAAGAGCCGAGGCAAAGUCCGGCAAAUCGGAAUCGGCCAAGAAGCCUAAGGAAGAGCCGUUGUCCAAGAAGAGGAAGGCGCUGGCUGGGAAGGCUGGGAAGGGCAACAAGGUGGAAGUGUGCAGCGUGUGUGGCGGCUUCAGCCCCUUUGCUCCCAUGUCAUGCGACACAUGCACCGCUGACCUAUCCAAGAGGCGCAGGCUCCGCUUCGGCUGCGGGGAGUUGGUCUGGUGCCGGGGCUUCGGGCCCAAGUGGCCGGCCCGGGUGGCGGCGGUGGGCUUCGACGGCCCAGAGGACCAGGAGCCCUACGGUGUGAACUUCUUCGGGGAGGCCAGCAGCGCCUGGGUGAGCGAGGCCCAGCUGGAACCCUGGACGGCCAAAGACGCCUCCGCGGUGUCGGACCGCUGGAAGCGCCGCUUCGCGCGGGCCCUGGCGGAGGCCAAGGCCGCAUGAGCCGCACAUGUCAAGGCUGGAGCUGCCGAAUCGGCGUCUGUUCUCGAGGCUGGGUACUCUUUGUGGUGAAGGGACACCAAGAAACCACCCUAGAGACACUGACACACUCCCAACUAGUGACAAACCGUAACCCAGGCGCUGAAUUGUGACCAGAGACAAGAAAAGGUUGAC